GGGCGAAACCGAGAAGAGAGAAGAACGGCCGUACCGAAUUAUUUUGUAGCUCAACGAUGGCCGUGGUCUGGCAAUAUUUGAAUUUUCCAACAGCCCCCGAGCACGCUCACUGAUCAGUCUUUUCGGUCAAUGCUGGAAGAUCAACUGCUCGCGGGGUCGAGGAUGCCGCCGGAAUGGGAACGCAACCAGAUAGGAAAGACAUCAAAGGGCGAAAUCACCAAUUCGCCUGCCGCAGCCUGGGCAGAGAAUGGGUUUCUGCAGUCCCGGAGUGGAUCACAUUAUCCACCUCAUACAUCCCCGUGCCAAUUGCAGUCUUAUGGCACUGCUAUUUGUCAAGUGGUUGGUCGGGAUCGGUACCUGGGCCUCUUGCAUCCUACGGACGCAGGAGUCGGGGUCGGCCUUGAGGCAACAGGCUUCCCAACUAGACUUACAUCAUGGACCAUUCAUGGUUCAGGAUUGUAUCCAAGCAAUGGUAAGCUCUGAGGACAUGCUUUCUUUACCAGGAUUUGGGAAACUCUAUCGGGGUCAGUGUGGCUGGUGCCCGGUCUUUCUUCCCCAAGAGCAGGAUUCUAUGCUUGAUCGCCGGAGUCCUUUGCCUCAAAUCGCCAAGACAACCGAGUUGACACUGGUCGAGGAUACUACUCCUUGCAGUAGGAUACGGCGAUGGAUGCUGCCCAACUCACUGUCGAAAACCUUGGGUAGAGGCGAUCACCGCCACCCGCAGCAUCUAGUUCCCCCGAUGUUUCACUGCACAGUCUGCAACAUAUCUAAUGCUGGUCAAUCUGUCAGGGGCCCAUCAGAUUAGCUUAUCGCCGAUCUAUGACUUUCUUUUACGUGCGACGGCCGAUCAGCGCCGCGCAGCUUGGCCAAUAUGCCGAAUUUCAUUCGCUAGUUUAGAACAAGGUACUUAUCGGUGUCUGUCAACGAUUGUAGAAUCCUGCUGUGGCCCCGCAUGCAAUGACAUCUGAUUUUAAUGUUGACUUCGUCAGCUGCAAGUCUUCCAUGUCUCUUGCAGUGCU